CGUCGCGCCUACCAGUACCUGCCGCCGGGCUCCUCGUACGCGCUGCGCCGCCUGCUGGGCGACCCGGGCCUGCGGGGCCCCACGGAGCCGGACGCCACUGGCGGCGCAAGCGGCGGUCUGGUGGCCCGGCGCCCGGUGCAGGUGGCCGCCACCAUCCUCAGUUCCACCACCAGCGCGUUUCUGGGCGUCCUGGCCGACGACCUGAUGCUCCAGGACCUGGCUCGGGGCUUGAGGAAGUCGGGCUCCUUCAGCAAGUUCUUGAGCGCCUCGCCUCUGGUUCCCCGUAAGAAGACAAAGAUCCGGGGUGGUCUGCCAGCUUUCUCGGAAAUCUCUCGUCGACCUGCCCCGGGGCCUUUAGCUGGUCUAGUGCCCAGUCUGCCCCCCACAACCUGAUGCUCCCUGGGGCUGGGCUCUGGUUGAUCUACCCGGGCCUGCCCAAGUCGGGGGGCCCAAUACCUGCAGCCCCAUUCUGUUCCCAACUUUGUCCGCUGCAGCCUGUCUUGCCCAGUCGGGCCUGCACCUCCAGCUUCUGUCUGAAGCUUGGCCUGUCUCCAGAGGUGGGAUUCGCGAUCUCAGAGAGAGCCUCCUAGACAGAAUUCCAGUAUUCAGGCCUAACCACUGGGGGAGACUUGGAAUUUAGGGUCAAAGGUUAAGGGGCAACAGCUGGUCUGGCCCCUGAAUGCGUUCACCUGAUGCCUCUGCAUCUACACAGGCCCGAGGCAGAACUAGACCAGGGGUCUCUUUAGAUGUUGGGAGAUGUUACGUGGUUUGUCAGCUUUAAGAUAGGCGGUGGUUUUGUAAUUUGAUGCUUUUAUUCUGUUUUUAAAUUGAAAUGAGGUAAAGCGACUUUCAUAAAACCUUUUGAAGUUAUAUUUUUCCACUUUUGGGCAAAGUGCUCAUUUUCAAUUUUUUGCUAAAUAUUUUGGAAUUCUAUUUUAAAAAAUGAUCAAGAUCUAAAGGAAAUUAGUCCCAACCAACAAACUCUUAAAAAUGUAUCUACCUCAUUUUAGUCAAUCAAGCUUCUGGAGAGUCUUGAACACAGAAUAACCAUUGUGACCGUUAUGAAUGUAACCAAUUGCAGUUAUACCGUGAGUUCUAAAUAUUUGGAAACAAAUGCAUCUUGGAAGUAAAAGUGUCUUAACAAAGAGAGAAAAGAGACAUUUUGACAAAUACUUUUAAUUUGUGGUUGUCGUCGUAGUGAAAUAUAAACGUGUUUGGCACCGGUGGUUGGCUAUUUUGAUUUGGCACGAAUAUUUACUUUCUAAAAAACGUGGUUUGUGAGUUGCACCUUUGAGCUAUUUUUCUGAAUUUGUGGUUUCUAAAUCUGACUGAGCCUUUCAGCGCAACAGGUGAAUAUUCAGAGAAAAGUCAUAGCAUUACACCAGAAAAAUAACUGAUUAAAUAGUAAUGAAUACAAUUAAGGAGAAACUAUUCUAUAUCAAUGUUCGAUACAAACAAAAAUUUGUGAUAUCCAUUUUUUAAAACCAUUUAAAAGCAGACAGCUUAUUCCAAAGUAGCAAAUGCAGAAUCUCUUUGCUCAGUGAACUUGGAUGAGUGGCUUAACUUCUCUGAACCUUUAUUCUUAUCUGUAAAUUGAGAAGGUUUGUAGAUAUUGCCAAGAUUUCCCAGGUUCAACACAGUGUAAUUAUGAUAGCAUUUAUAUUCUGUUUUAAAGAUGUGAAAUCUAUUUGCUCAGUCAGCCUUUUCAAAUAUCAUAUUUGGAUAAUGCUCUGCUUUUGCAAAUUGUAUUUGCAUGUCAUUAGUUAUAUCAAACAGUCUUUGUGGCACAGAGUAAUGGGGCUUCUCCUGCUCCCCAUAAAUCAGUGAAGCCUGUUAAAUUAUUUAAGGCAGUCUUUCAUGGAAUGUUUUGAUUUGAGCAGUGAAAUAAAGAUCUCCAUUUUGUUCCUGCU